UGUGAUCGGCUUACUGGAAACCAGAAAGAUCGUGAACAUAUCGUGCAAUGUUUAUCAUGCGUUGUUAUUGAACGUAAACAAAGUUCUUUGCAUUUUGGAUUAACUUGUAAUAUAACUCAUUGAGUUAGCCAGUAAGAAAGAGAUUUUUAGUGUAUCAUUUAAAUUUUAGUAUUGUUUGUAAAAUGUCGGAAGAAAAAUUAGAAUUACGAAUAAUAACUUACAUGUGUCCUACACAUCCCGUGGAAAUAUAUGAAUUAAUUAUAGAGCUAUUGGAAGAGGCUUUGGACUGCCAUACGAUAUUACAAUAUGAAAGCCGAAGCCCUGGUCCAAUUAUCGGACGACCAGAUCCUUUUAUUAGGAAUAAGAUUGACCUCGCAUUUAUGACUGCAGCAGCGUACAUGGACUUAAGCGAAAGCAGCAAUGAAUUUGUCGAGCUACUACCCGUUACACCGGUGUUCGCCCACCAGAUGAAUGUAGACAAUAAGCCGGGCUACUUUUCGGACGUUAUCGUCCACUGUGAUAAAAAAGCUCACAACGUAAACACUUUGUUGGAUCUCAGAGGAUGUACUUUUGCAUGCAGUGACAAACAAUCUUUUAGUGGAAGUAAAAUUGUUCUUAAAACACUUAAAGAGAAAGGCGAAAAUGCUUCUUUCUUUGGAUCAGUUCUAAAAUCUGGAUCACAUUUGGCUUCGGCGCAAAUGGUGUUAUCUAAACAAGCUGACUGGGCAGCAAUUGAUUCAACAACACUUCUUUAUUCAAAGAAGUUUAUGCAGGACGGUGGAAAAGAUAUUAUUACAUUAGAAACGCUAGGACGGUUACCACCCUACCCUGUUGUGGCCAAUAGAAGACUUCCAGAUGAUAUUAAAAAUGGGAUAACUAAAGCUCUUCUUACUUUGCCACAGUCACCAGAAUGGAAAAGGCAAUUUGCUAAGUUUGGUCUCAUAAAGUUUGACAGUAACAGUAAUGGUGCUUACAAUGGGCCGGCUGCACAGAUGUGGUCCAUCCAGAACGAAAAAUUCAAUGUUAGAUAUUAUUAGACUUUUUUUAGUCAUAAGCUUAGUUUAUGUUUUAUAUAUCUUGUAUGUUGAUUAUACACCAAAAAAAUAAAAAUAUUUUUAUACUAUUUAUAAAAAAACUCAAAUCUUUUUGAAAUCUCUAUUAUUAUUAACAUCUAGAAUUUUGAAAUAUUUUAAUGGUCUGAAUUUUCUGUUUUACAAUUUUGGAGAAUAAAUGUAAGUGAUAUUGUGUCUUUAUUCUUACCACACUGAAUAAGGAUUUUGCUUGGAAUUUGAACAGCAAGAGUUGUUGACUUUUUUAUGCUCAGACUGCUGUGUUCCUGAAAAAUUAUAAAUUUAAGAAAUGAAAAUAAUUUAAUGAUAGUAAUGUAUUGUGCCUCGUAUU